ACGAUCUCUGCUUAAUCAUGGCGAUGUACGAGGGCAGAAGGCUUCGAGUUGUGACGAAGGAAGGGGGUUAUGUCUUUGAAGGAACUGUGCAUUCAAUUGAUUUAAAUAACAGCAAAAUAUCUCUCAUGAAAGUUUGCCUUGUUCCAUCUGGUAAAAAGCUGACUGGACUACUUCAUUUCUAUGGCCCUGAGUUGCAAGAGUUGGUCGACAUUUCUGACACUGUCCAGGCAGAGGAGAAGAAAAAUAAACAACAACUACACGAGAAUGGCGGCUCCAGUAGUGAUGAUGAAGACAACAAUGCCAAAACAACUGAGUAUAUUUAUCUCCGUCGAAUUGGCACAACAUUUGAACAAGCUAUUAACCAGAUUAGGUCUCAACGUCUGAUUGGUGUUGCCUUGGAAGCGGAGACCCUUGGUCGGAAAUCCAAACUAUCGCUUCUACAGAUUUGCUGCGGGAAUCAAGUCUACAUAUUCGACAUCGUGACUCUUGGACCAGUCUUCUUCAGUCAGGGCUUGGCAGACAUCUUGGAAUCGCAAGCUAUAGUCAAAGUGAUUCACGACAGUCGAUGGACAUCGGACCAGCUGUUUCACCAGUAUUCAAUUAAACUCACAAACGUCUAUGAUACUCAGGCUGCAGAUGUAUUGAUUAGAAUGAGGCGUUUGAAUGGUGAGCUCCCCCAUAAACUGAGUGGUUUAACACAAUGCCUACUGGAAUACCUAGACAUGUCGGUAGAAGCCUUGUAUCCGCAGUUGCUUCAUGACCAAGCCAAGACGGUGAGCCAAACUAUGUGGAUGGAGCGCCCUCUAUCUCCCAAGCUGUUACUGCAAGCCGCUUUCAAUGUCCGACAUUUGUCAGAUCUGCGGCUGAAGACAUUGGAUCAUCUUCUAGCCGAGUUUACUGCGUCGGUCGACGUCUUCUUAAACUGCAUCCGGGAUAUGAGUGAUAUGAAUCGAGGCAAAGCUAAUGUGAGCUCAUCAGUGGUUCCCCGCCAGCUUGAGAGGCUAGUUUAUGGUGAUCUACCGAGUACCAGUACGCCUGUGACCAAUCAAAGAGCUGUUUCCACAGGGUUGGAUCCAAUCAAAACAGAGGCACCUCCCCUCGUGGCUAAAACAGAGAAACUACAACCUUCUACCUCUCAUGCAUCAAACGAAUCAACCACUACACAUUCAAAUUACCCUCCUCCUAGUACCUCAUCAAAGCCAAACCCCUCCACAAACAACACUGAACAAUUCUGCGUUCCUAAAAUACCCGUCCCUAAAGAUACGACUACCUCAGACAUUUCCCAACCAAGAUUCUCAAACGGCCACACACAAAACUCUGAGGAGAAGGAGUUUCAAUGGAAGAAGCUAGGGGAGAGGAGGGCCACGACGAAGGAGUUCACCACAACAAAAGACUUCACCACUGUUGUCUUCUCUCCAAGUUCUGACGGGAGGUCAAUCGUCAAGCUUGCUCAAGGCGUGGCUGAUCCGAAAGAGACUGUAUCAUCAACAGAGAAUGAAAACACUGAGGGAUCCUUCGAUGCAUCUUUGGGUUUUAAGAAAUCUGAGAGAGAUGGUCAGAGACUUCCUGAAGAUGUCAUGGCAUUGUCUGUACGUGGAGAGGGGAGGAAUGAUGGAGCAGGAUGUGGUAGGGAUGAUGUAGAGUGUAAACAACGUGAGGGUUCGUCGGAUACACUUUGUGAGGAGGAGGCAAAAGAUGAAAGCAGUGAGAGCGAGGAUGAAAAAUACACCGACUUUGAAGAUGAAGAUGAUCUGCCGGAUCAAACCUCUGUAAAUUACAGUCCAGUUCUCACCUAUCAAACCGAGCUAGCCAAAAGCCUAAGUCUAUCACCCCAUCAAAGAAUGAGAAAGUUCACACAGGAAAUGUCCACAACAAGCGCAAAGAACUUGCCCUCAAACUACCUAGGCCAAAGAGGAAUCCCCACGCUCGAAACCAAAAGUGUGGAGAAACCUGGAGGUCGCCUGUACAGCAGAGUCUUGACAGACGUUGGGCUUAUCGGAAAAUUAAACAUUGCCUCUGAAACCCAAUUCCCCGGGUUGGAUCCCGAGAUUCAUGGGAAGCCACAGAAGCAUUCCCCUUCCAGAGAUGAGGGUAGAUCCUCCAGAGGUGCCAUUCCUAAGAGACCAACCCUGCAGUCGCUGUACCCAAGUACGCCGAUAUCUGUUAGCGAGACGGUGGAAGAUGAAGUUACUAGUCGGCAAGGACUGGACACUCCGAUGGCCAGACCCUCCGUCGGUCGUGGACGGGCAAUGACGUUAGCUUGCUAUGAGGACAUGCGUCGUAACCUUCACAGACCACUGGAGCUACAUAUAGGCUCAACGGCAAACGGAGAUGGGAGGUACGACUUUCCUUCUCAAGAAGAACUUGCUCGAGUUCCUAAACAGCCGCCUCAGAGAGCUAGCUCUUAUGUCAUGGUGCCCGAUGGUUUAUAAAAGAAGAUGGUGCAAUUUCUUGGUAGACCAUUUUAUUCUGGUUUUAAAGCCAAGGACUUUUUAGAAAAGUGAACUUAAUCACUGUACUAGCCAAGAACUCAAUGGAGAGAAGACAACAAAAGAUGGAAGUUUCAGUUUAGAGUAACCCAGGAGUAUAAAGGCCCGGUCACACAGGCUCUGAUAAAGAGAACGAAAGCAAAAACGAUAAAAAUGCAUGCCCUCCAUUGGUUGAAUUGCUCCACGCACAUUCAACCAAUCGAGGGCGUGCACUUUUAUCCUUCUUGUUUUCGUUAUCAGGGCCUUUGUGACCGGGCCUUUAUACUUGCGGUAAAACCCACGUAGUCGGGUAUGGACUGAAAACCCAGUCCUCAUAGUGUUCACUGUGUGAUUCGAACUAGGGUCCUAGAUGUGGAAAAAAAAACGUGUGCUAUAAACAUUUAUUUGUCUGUCCUGUAGAUUGUGAACUGAUGCUUGGGGUGGAUACAUUUUUAGGUGCUCAUUGUAUUAUACUAUAUUCACCUCAACUACAUGUUCCAAAUUACAGUGUAUUGGUUAUAUUGUAGGUUUACUUUUAAAGUGGUUGAAAGUGGUUAUUUUGUUUGUUUGUUUAGAUGAUUUUUCCAUCAAGGGAACUCGGCAAACUCACACAAGGUGAUAUAAACAC